UCUUGCCUCCCGCUCCUGCACCAUGAAAACCCUGCUUUGUGACCUCCUGCUGCUCAGCCUCUUCUCCAGCGUGUCCAGCAGCUGUCAGCAGGACUGUCUGACCUGCAGAGAGAAGCUCCGCCCAGCUCUCGACAGCUUCGACCUCGAGGUGUGCAUCCUCGAGUGUGAAGGGAAGGUCUUGCCCAGCCCUCUCUGGACCCCAUGCACCAAGAUCAUUGCCAGGGGCCCCUGGCAGCUCAGCCCCGCUGACCCAGAGCACUUGGCAGCUGCUCUUUACCAGCCAGGAGCCUCCGAGAUGCAUCUGAAGCGAAUGCCCCGCGUCAGGAGCCUUGUCGAAACACAGAAAGAGACGGAGCCUGGCAUGGAGGAGGCUGGAGAGGAGCAGAAGCAGCUGCAGAAGAGGUUUGGGGGCUUCACCGGGGCCCGGAAGUCGGCCCGGAAGUUGGCCAACCAGAAGCGGUUCAGUGAGUUCAUGAGGCAGUACCUGGUCCUGAGCCUGCAGUCCAGCCAGCGCCGGCGCACCCUGAACCGGAAUGGUAAUGUGUAGCCGGAAGGGGAGCCCCUCCCAGCUGCACCGUCCACUUCAACCCAUGAGUGAGUUGGGCAGGAAUGAGCUGGGGGCAAGAAGAAACCUCAUAUACCCGUCUUAGCGCAUUAGCCCCCAAGC